CGCUCGGUGUCACCUCCCUGAUGGAAACAGUGAUUCCUCCUCUUAGCCUGAAGGACACACACAGACAAACACUCAGGAUUUACUGCAGCACAACUACGUGAGCCCUGGAUGUGUUGCACCAGGUAGUCCGGGAUUUACUCUGUGAAUUUGAUCCUCAUAUUUUUCGUUCUUUCUUCCACCGUGUCAUCAACAGAUCUCAUUAUCAUCAUAAUCAUGAGGAAGAUCGCCGGCAAACACUUGUUGUGCUUCCUGCUGCUCGUCCUCCCGCUGUCCUGGGCUGAGGACACGAAGGAGGAUGCGAAUAAGACUGAGAAUGAUUCAGUUUGGAGCCAAGCAAAGAGCAGACGACUGUUUGCAAGAGGAAAGACUCCACAGGAAAAUCCCAAACCUAGAGUCACUUCCGGCAUCACGAUGCCUGCACGUCGCUGCGGCCGCUUAAUGGAGAGCUGCUCCUCUCGUGUGCCGUGCUGCGACCCCUGCGCCUCUUGCCGGUGUCGACUCUUCAAUACCAUUUGCCACUGCUGGAGGAUGAACCACCUGUGCAAAAAGAGGACAUAGAUGGAGCCCACACAUACAUACACAGGCGUAUUCAUGUGCAAACACAUGAAUACGCCUGGGGCACCAUGACGUACUACGUGAUGAGCACUGAUCAGCCGUGAUGUUAAAACCAACCUGUUGAGACCUAUUGGUGUACACAGGGCAAUUCACACUCCAGCCACUGGCCUGUGGGGGUUUUCUCUUUUACAGCACAGGUGCAGUUUCGGGAAUAUUAUCACAGCUCAGUGUAAACCAUAGGAACAUUAAGAAAACAGUCUGAGAUAAAAAGUGAACGUUCUUUCGAUUGUGGUUGGCGUCCACACUUGAAGGGGAGAGAAAAGCAACUGAAGCAUUGAACGCCCACAGAAAUGUUCACAGAAUAUACAAUUUCGCAACAUACUGUUUUUAGGUGUAAAAAAGGACAAGUGUCAUAUGCUUUUUAGUGUACAUAUACAAUUACAUGUUAACUGUAUGUUGUGUUUCGGGAAAUUUUCCGCACUAUUGCUACUUUUAAAUGUAUUUACUCUAUCUCCUGCCAUGUAGAGCUUGUAUGUAAGCUAAUCAAUAGAUAUAUGUUGGAACAUACAUUUGUUGUUUAUUCCUUAAAAAGUCAUGACCCCACAGACUAAAUGUGGAAAAGCUGUUAAAACCCAGAUGUUUCUGUUCCUAUGUAAACCAUGCCUUGGAGACGAGACGAUCUGGUUUCCCCAAUGAAGAAUUAUUCAUAUGUGGAUUUGUGAUUGAAGUAAGUUUAUAUCUUUUUUGUUAUUGAAUAAAAACAUUAUAAUCCUA